AUACAAAACCAAAGGAGAACAAGCAUGCCCUAUAUGUGAAGAGGACAUGAAGCCCACAUGGUUGCAUAAUUUCAAGAAAAAUGUUUACCCAGAUUUCAGGAAGCACCUCAGUCGAUAUCACCCUUAUCGUAAGAAGAAGAAAGAAUUCAAUGGGUUACACGAGGAAAGAGUAGCUCGUACGCCUUUGACAGGAUCACAGGAAUUUUCGCAUCCAAAGAAGUCGAAUUCUAAGCCUAAGUCCAACUUAGAGGUCGUGGGUAGUUGUGAUCGUAAAACACAAGAAUCAACCACCAAAAGCAAGAAAGCGGGACUUGUACACGAUGCAAUUCAAGGUCUUGGCCCGUCAUGCAAAUACUUGCAGUUUAUCAUGACUUCGGCGCCUGAUGAUAUAUAUGAUAAUACUACCAUCCCAUUGGCGGCCUCAGUUUGGCACUCGGAUUUUGAUCAAGAAACAUACAUAACUGCGUCUGAUAUAGGAGAGUUCCUUCGCGGGGCGUGCUUAAACAUUUCAGCGAUCCAAGUCUACAUAUUGUGUUUAUUGCACGAUCAUGCCAAAUCAUUUGAAAUGUCUCGGAUUUCGUUCAUUUGUCCCGAGAUUAUGUCAAGCACUAGAAUCAAGGCCGACCCUGGAGCGCCAACAAUGUAUUUGAAAAACAUUUUCCAAGCUGAAAUUGAAAAGGAGAAGAUGGGUAAUCCUAACCUAACUAAUUGGUUUUUAAUCCCAUAUAAUCAAGAAAAUCAUUGGAAUUUAUACGUGAUGGACCUACGUAGAGGUUAUGUAUAUAUUUUCGAUUCUGCUAGAGAUCCACGUCGAACAGAUUAUGCAUGGGGAAUCUUGAGUUUGGCAUACCAAGUGUACAAGUGCAAUGGUGGGCAUUGUCCGAAUAAAACGAGUUUUAAGUCGUGUAAACCCAUUCAUAUAGAGUGUGCUCAACAAAUCGGCGGAACUGAGUGUGGCUAUUACGUUAUGAAGUUCAUGUUAGAGAUAGUCACGUUACAACAUGACUAUGAAGGCCGGCUAGAUGAGGUCUAUACUCCGAGGACUGCGCCUUAUGCUAGUGAGGAAAUUGAUGUGGUUCGUGAGCAAUGGGCGAAGUUUUUUACCACCAAGUAUUUAUUAUUGACCUGAGGGCGUUUGAUCGUGUUGGUUUAGAUGUUAUAGAACAAUCUUUUAUGUUAAAAUGUAUGCGUACGUUGAAAUUGGAACGUAAAUAUAUUUAAAUGUAUCGGUA